UUGUUUUGGUUUGUUGUUGUCUUCGUGUUUUUUUUUUUUUGAUUUGUUUGAUACAGAUUUUUGCAAUCAAAAUGACAAUUUCCGAUAUACCAGACAUCCGAUUUGAUUUACAUCAUGCACCAUUCCGACGGUUCAUACCACAUAUUCAAAAAGAAUAUAUUAAAGAUCCAGAAAAUUAUGACAAAAAACGAGAUUUUCUCAUCAAUUAUUUCUAUUCAAAACCUGAUUAUGCUGUGCCACAUGAAAAAUUGUUUUAUAGCACUGCAUUAGGAUUGAAAUUUGGUACAGCUUGGGGUACAUUUGAUGUUUGUGCUGCUGAAUAUGGCCGAUGGAAACCAUCAAUUUUAUUGUUUGCAAAACGUGCAUCAUUAGUUACCGCAUCAUUUGCAACAUAUGGUGCCGUGUCAAAUGUUGUAGCCAAUAUACGUGGUCAAAAAGAUGAUCUUUUCAAUCAUUUGAUUGGUGGUGGAUCUGUUGGUUUUAUCUAUGGUUAUUUGUAUAAAUCAUCUGCAUAUGGAUCAUUAGCUGCUGCUGGAGUAGCAUUGAUAGCAAUGGCAUGUAAAGCAUUUUCACGUAGUGAUAAUUAUAUAAUUCAUCCAGAAUUGGAUAAAUUUACUGAACGUGGUAGUAUUUGGGGUAAUCCAGAUUUACGAUUCUAUACGCAUUAUCCAGAAUUAAAGGAAAGAAAACAACAUUAUCUGUUUGAUGAUGUAUAAAGAAAAUUUUCAAACAAACAAAAAAAUAGAAGAAAUUACCACCAUUUUUUCAUCAUCAAUUUAUUACUCUAUUAUUAUGAAUUAAUCAUUUUAAUAAUAUUUUAAGAACAAAUGCAAUCAAUCCAAAAUAUUAGAUGAAAGAGAUGAAAAAUAAAAAUAUUGGGAUUUGUAA